AUGUCGUCAGUUGGGAAGAGUUAUCAUGCUAAUGCGGAUCCAGUGAUUGCUUACUGCAGUAAGAUGACGGUCGUUCAGCAUCCGUUACAAGAAGAGCUCCAGAAAGAGACACUAGAAAAUGCUCCAAUGCGAGGCAUGUUGGGAGCCCCAGAGGUGCUCACUGUUGGAUCGAAUUUAAUGCAUUUGAUUGGCGCCAAGAGGGCUAUUGACGUCGGAACAUUCACUGGAGCUAGCGCACUCUCCUGGGCUCUGGCAGCUGGUGAAGGUGGACAGGUAUUUUGGCAAAUCUUCUACAGUUUCAGAAAUAAGGCCAUUUUCAUAUCGUACAAAGGAAAUCAAAUGUUAAAGGUUUAUACGUUGGAUGUCAAUCUCGACAACUUCGAAAAAUAUGGUGCACCUGUGAUCUCCAAGGAUCCUGAAGUUUUCAAGAGAAUCAUUCCCAUCAAAGGACCCGCUUUGGCUUCGUUAGAUAAGUUGAUAGCUGAUGGUCAAAGCGGGACAUUUGACUUUGCAUUCAUUGAUGCAGAUAAGGAGAACUAUCCGCUUUACUAUGAUCGAGUAGUCACUUUAUUGAGAAAAGGAGGAGUGCUGAUGAUUGAUAAUGCUCUGUGGCAUGCUCGAGUAACAGGGGAUCCCGCUACUUUUGAUGUAUCAACCAAAGCCAUUCAUGAAACUAACACGAUGAUUCACAAUGACAAUCGUACCUACUCAGCUCUUCUCAACUGUGGUGACGGCCUUCAUAUUGCUUUUAAGAAAUAA